AGAAACUAAACCAAAGCAUGAAUUGCUGUCAUACCUUGUCCAUAGACUACUUACAGGGUAAGGAAACCAAUGUGUCAUUUUGUAAUUUGAGUGAACUAUCCUUUUACCUGGUCUACCAAUGGCACUGCUCUUGAAGAGUGUAACUAGGCUUACUGCUAAGGAAUAACAUUCACAUACCAACACAAAACCGGAAUGGGCACAUUACUCUGUGACUAACUGGAUUUGGCUAAGAGCGACAACACAGCUACUAGCUGGAAUUCGUAUCCACAACGAUAACACUGUGGUCUGGUCUCUGUGGAGAUGGCCUGGGGACUGUUUUCCAUGACAUUAAGGGGUCUGUUGUCUGGGGUCUGUUGUCUGGUGAUUCUGCUGUGGACUGUCACAUCCACAGAUGGGGGAGACGUCCAUGUAACCUGUGUGUUCUCAGAGGAUUGUGUCCUGCCCUGCAGCUUCCUACCUGGCAGUGAGGAAGUCAUCCAUUGGAUGAAACCAGAAGACAAGGACCUGUCCGUCCACUCCUACUACUACAGUACAGAUCAGCUCAAACAGCAUAGCCAGCGUUUCAGAGGGAGAACAGCCCUGUUCAAUGACCAGAUCCCCAAAGGAAACGCUUCACUACUGCUGAGAGGGAUCACACUCCAGGACCAGGGCAGAUACAAGUGUUACACCAGCACUAUUAAAGGCAACAAGGAGUCCUUCAUUAACAUAGCAGUGGAAGCUCCAGUCCACUUGGUGGACAUUCAGUUAUCAGAUGACAUCAUCACCUGCAGGUCUACAGGUAUCUACCCUGAGCCUAAACUCACCUGGUCCACUGACCCCCCCUCUGACCUUUCAUUUGACCCUGGAACCAUCCAGAACUCCACCAGCAUCAAGGUGGAUGACCAGGGACUCUAUGACAUCACCAGCACAAAACAGUUUAGCGGAGACCGAACCAACAUCUGUACCGUGACCUCUGGGACAGUAGAAAGGACAGCAACCCUGAAACAGCAAGCUCCUGUCCAGGGUUCUCUAAGCAGUGAGGUGUCCAUCCCCUGCAGUGUUUCUCAGUCUGACAUCCUGACCUUUAACCUCACCUGGAGGUUCAACCAGAUAGACACCAUCCUCACCUCCACCUACACCAACGGUACAGCUCAGAUGUAUAUUGAUGACCAGUGGAAGGAGCAGGUUCAGAGUUUAUCUGACUCUGGCAGCCUUCAGCUCCACAAGUUAACCAUGGUCCACCAGGGGACCUACAGCUGUGAACUCUCUACUGCCAGAGACACACACCUGAUCCUCACCUACCUGCAGAUCACACCUGAUAAACUAUCUGAUGUUUCAGAUGGACUGAGUCCAGGUUUAAUCACUGGUAUAAUAAUAGCUGCAGUGAUUAUAGCAGCAGUGAUAUGUUACCUGCUGAGAGUUUUUCUGUGCAAAUCCAAAAAGCCCACAAGGUCUCAAGAGAUGAACACCAUCUCACCUGAAGAGGAAGAGUCACUCUCUGCCGCAGCAAAUACAAAUGAUCCAAAUGAAAAUGAUCAGAGUGGAAAACCACUUCAGAAUGAAGAAGGAAGAGAGGAAGACAGAGAAAGACAACAACAAGGUCAAGAAGAAGAGGGAUCAGUCACAGCAGACAUACCAGUGCCUCAGACAGAGGGGGAGGAUAUUGAUCCUGGGUAAGACAAAAAGGACAUUCUAGAACUCUCUAUGGUGUGUAAGCCAAAAGUCAAGAAGAAUAUGAUAAGUAAUGUGUCAGUGUUCUACAGGAUGUGGUCAUGGUGUCUCUUAAUGGCUAUUAUUGAUUAGCUAACACAUUGAUGACAAAACCACUACUGGUUUAGACACUAGAAUCUUGUAGAGACUUGAAUGAAUUCAGUAACUAUAACUAUAAGCAAUUUUGAAAAUGUUUCCUACAGAAGACAAGGUGAAUUUAUAAUCAUAAUCAUUUAGGAUCCAUAUGGAGUGGAAAGCAGGAGGGUAGCAGCUAGGGGUUAUUUCUGGACCAGCACCAUAUUUGAUUACAAAAAGCACUUUAUAUUUGCAAAACAAAAUGUGCAUUUACCAAUGACUGUCUUCUGUAUUCAUAAUACUUACUAUUCAGUGACAGUA